UCAUAUAACAUUACUUGAUGUCACGCCAAACCACAAGGGCGUGCUACAUCUCCAUCAGGAACUUCACUCAAAUCCACUUCCUCCCAAUCUCCACAACAACCCCAGAAGCCAACAACAUUCUCCAGCAGGUUCGCCAGCGCUCCAACCGCGGCCUACUCACGGAAGCUCUCUCACUUUUCUACAAUGCGCCGCCGUUGCUUCGCUCUCAGCAAACUUACGCCAUUCUUUUCCACGCCUGUACUCUCCAUGGAAACCUCCAACAAGGCCUGCAUUUACACCAACACAUGGUUUCCCAUUACGGGUUACACCCAUUUGACCUCUUCGUGACCAAUCACUUAAUCAACAUGUACUGUAAAUUUGGGUACUUAGACUAUGCGCAGCGGCUCUUCGAUGAAAUGCCUAAACGGAACCUUGUUUCUUGGACCGCCCUCAUUUCUGGCUAUGCCCAACAUGGGCAUCAUACCAAGUCUUUUAGAAUGUUUUCUGGGAUGUUAUUACAUUUUCGUCCAAAUGAGUUCGCGUUCGCCAGCGUGCUUAGUUCAUGUGGUUACGUGGGUGGCAAGCAAGUGCAUGCGCUGGCGGUGAAGAUGUGUUUGGAUGCUUAUGAAUUCGUGGCCAAUUCGCUUGUAAAUAUGUAUAGUAAGAAUUGUGGUUUUGGUGGUAGUGUAGAGGAGGCUUGGAAGGUGUUCGAGAAUAUGGAGUUUAGAAAUGUGGUUUCUUGGAAUUCGAUGAUUGCAGGGUUUCACUACUGUAACUCUGGAGAGCAAGCUAUCAAACUUUUCGUGAAUAUGCGGCAUGAGGGUAUUGAAUUUAAUCGUGCCACAAUUCUUAGUGUUUUGACGUCCUUGUGUGGAUGUUAUGAUAUGGAUGUUUACUUUGGUCUAAAUUUUUGUUUUCAAUUGCACUGCUUGAGUGUCAAAACUGGGAUUAUUUCAGAAAUUGAAGUAACAACAGCUCUGGUGAAAGCUUACUCAGGCCUUGGAGGAGAUAUUGCUGAAUGUUACAGGCUUUUCUUGGAGAGGAGAUGCAGUUGGGAUAUUGUUUCAUGGACGGGAAUAAUAACAGCAGUAGCGGAAAGUGAACCAGAAGAAGCUCUGUUCCUCUUUUGUCAGUUGUGUCGAGAGGGCUUGACUCCAGACUGCCUUACUUUCUCAAUUGUACUAAAGGCUUGUGCAGGUCUUUUGACAGAUCGACAUGCGAUGACAGUUCAUUCGCAAGUAGUAAAGGCUGGGUUUGAGGGAGAUAUUGUCCUUGCAAAUGCUUUAAUCCAUGCCUAUGCAAGGUGUGGAUCCAUUGUCUUAUCCAAGCAAGUAUUCAAGGAAAUGGAGUUUAGGGAUUUGGUUUCUUGGAAUUCUAUGCUUAAGGCUUAUGCCUUGCAUGGUAAAGCCAAAGAAGCCUUGCAACUCUUUUCAACAAUGAAUGUCCAACCAGAUUCUGCAACUUUUGUUGCUUUACUUACAGCUUGCAGCCAUACUGGAUUGGUGGAAGAAGGAAAUGAAGUCUUUAACUCCAUGGCUGAUAAACAUGGUGUCACUCCUCAACUAGAUCAUUAUGCCUGCAUGGUUGAUAUUCUUGGGCGAGCUGGGCGAAUUCUUGAGGCUGAGAAGCUUAUAAAUAAAAUGCCUAUGGAGCCUGAUUCUGUUGUUUGGAGUGCAUUGCUGGGGUCAUGUAGAAAGCAUGGGGUGACACAUUUAGCUGAGUUAGCAGCAGCUAAACUGCAGGAGUUAGAGCCUGGAGACUCAUUAGGUUAUGUACAAAUGUCAAAUGUAUAUUGCUCAAGUGGCAGUUUCAGUAAAGCAGGGCUAAUUAGGAAAACAAUGAAGGGGUAUAAAGUGCGAAAGGAACCUGGUUUAAGUUGGGUUGAGAUUGAGAAUCAAGUUCAUGAAUUUGCCUCUGGAGGCAAGCGUCAUCCGCAAAGAAAUGCCAUAUGUACAAAGCUCAGUGAACUGAUUGGGCAGUUAAAGGAGAUGGGUUACGUUCCAGAGACAAGCUUGACCUUGCAUGACAUAGAAGAGGAGCACAAAGAAGAGCAACUAUACCAUCAUAGUGAGAAGUUAGCUUUGGUGUUUGCCAUAAUGAAUCAAGAAACUAUGCGCUCUGAAGGCAGUGCAAUAAAAAUUAUGAAGAAUAUCAGAAUUUGUGUUGACUGCCAUAACUUCAUGAAGUUAGCAUCAGAUCUUCUUCAAAAGGAGAUUGUUGUGAGAGACUCAAACCGUUUUCACCAUUUUAGAGAUAGAAAAUGCUCUUGCAAUGAUUAUUGGUAAUAAACUAGAGUUACUCAACCAAAGUAUGGGUAAUGAGUUCGUGAUUAUGUGUUCUUGGUCAAGCAUGCAAUUCCUAAGACAGGUAGUGUUCCUUAAAGCACUGAGAUCAUGGUCAAACUAGUGCUAUUCAAUUUUGAACUAAAUGUUGAGGUUAUUUUUUGAGCAAUGUUAUUAGUAAAACACAUUGCUUUGACAGAGUUCAGGCAUAAAAUAUAUUGCAUCUACAGAAUUCAGGUGUAAAACAUAUUGCGGUUACAGAAUUCAGGCAUAAUUUUAUUUUAGUGGAA